CCUCAGCGCAUGGCCAAGGGUGAAGAAGGAUUUGCCCCUGCCCCGGAAAAGCAGCAGCCGCUGCCGCCGCCGCUGCCGCACCUGCCACCAUGUCGCCGCCGCCGGGUCAUGUCUGACUCUCUCUGGACCGCGCUUUCCAAUUUCUCGAUGCCCUCCUUCCCCGGCGGCAGUAUGUUCCGCCGCACCAAGAGCUGCCGCACCAGUAAUCGGAAAAGCCUCAUCCUGACCAGCACUUCGCCCACACUGCCGAGACCCCAUUCCCCUCUGCCAGGCCACCUAGGUAGCAGUCCCCUGGACAGUCCUCGCAACUUCUCCCCCAACGCCCCCGCCCACUUCUCAUUUGCCUCCUCCCGAAGGGCAGACGGACGGCGUUGGUCUCUGGCCUCACUCCCUUCAUCUGGCUAUGGCACCAACACACCCAGCUCCACCGUCUCGUCAUCCUGCUCCUCCCAGGAGCGCCUGCACCAACUGCCUUACCAGCCCACGGUGGACGAACUCCACUUCCUCUCCAAACACUUCGGCAGUACCGAGAGCAUCACGGAUGAGGAUGGCGGUCGCCGCUCCCCGGCGGUACGGCCCCGCUCCCGGAGCCUCAGCCCGGGGCGAUCCCCCUCCUCCUACGACAACGAGAUCGUGAUGAUGAACCAUGUCUACAAAGAGAGGUUCCCCAAGGCCACUGCGCAGAUGGAAGAAAAACUGCGCGACUUCACCCGCUCCUACGAGCCUGACAGCGUGUUGCCGCUGGCCGACGGCGUGCUCAGCUUCAUCCACCACCAGAUCAUCGAGCUGGCCCGGGAUUGUCUGACCAAGUCCCGCGACGGCCUUAUCACCACCGUCUACUUCUACGAAUUGCAGGAGAACUUGGAGAAGCUGCUGCAGGACGCCUAUGAACGCUCAGAGAGCUUGGAGGUGGCCUUUGUCACUCAGCUGGUGAAGAAGUUGCUCAUUAUCAUCUCUCGCCCAGCAAGGCUGCUGGAGUGCCUGGAAUUCAACCCAGAAGAGUUUUACCACCUGCUGGAGGCAGCUGAGGGACAUGCCAAGGAGGGCCACCUUGUCAAGACGGACAUCCCACGCUACAUCAUCCGCCAGCUUGGCCUCACUCGUGACCCCUUUCCAGAUGUGGUACACAAGGAGGAACAAGAUAGCGGUGGAUCCAACACCCCUGAGCAGGACGACCUCUCAGAGGGCCGCAGCAGCACCAAGGGCAAGAAGCCACCUGGGGAGAAUGACUUUGAUACCAUCAAGCUCAUAAGCAACGGUGCCUACGGUGCUGUCUACCUGGUUCGGCAUCGUGAAACACGGCAGCGCUUUGCCAUGAAAAAGAUCAACAAGCAGAACUUGAUCCUGCGCAACCAGAUCCAGCAGGCCUUCGUAGAGCGUGACAUCCUCACCUUUGCUGAGAACCCCUUUGUGGUUGGCAUGUUCUGCUCCUUCGAGACUCGGCGCCACUUGUGCAUGGUCAUGGAAUAUGUGGAAGGUGGUGACUGUGCAACCCUGCUGAAGAAUAUUGGGGCACUGCCAGUGGAGAUGGCCCGCAUGUACUUCGCUGAGACAGUGCUGGCUUUGGAGUACCUGCACAACUAUGGCAUCGUGCACCGUGACCUCAAGCCUGACAACCUCCUCAUCACCUCCAUGGGUCAUAUCAAACUCACGGAUUUUGGCCUUUCCAAGAUGGGACUUAUGAGCCUAACCACCAACUUGUAUGAAGGUCACAUUGAGAAGGACGCCCGGGAAUUCCUAGACAAACAGGUGUGUGGGACCCCAGAAUACAUCGCACCCGAGGUCAUCCUACGCCAGGGCUACGGCAAGCCAGUGGACUGGUGGGCCAUGGGGAUCAUUCUCUACGAGUUCCUCGUGGGCUGCGUGCCUUUCUUUGGAGACACACCAGAAGAGCUCUUUGGACAGGUCAUCAGUGAUGACAUCCUGUGGCCAGAGGGGGAUGAGGCCCUGCCCACAGAUGCCCAGCUCCUGAUAUCCAGUCUCCUGCAGACUAACCCCCUUCUCCGGCUUGGGGCAGGCGGUGCCUUUGAAGUGAAGCAGCACAGUUUCUUUCGACAUCUGGACUGGACAGGGUUGCUGAGGCAGAAGGCCGAGUUCAUCCCCCACCUAGAGUCAGAAGAUGACACUAGCUACUUUGACACCCGCUCAGACAGGUAUCACCAUGUGAACUCCUACGACGAGGACGACACCACGGAGGAGGAGCCAGUGGAGAUCCGCCAGUUCUCCUCCUGCUCACCCCGCUUCAGCAAGGUGUAUAGCAGUAUGGAGCAGCUGUCGCAGCACGAGCCCAAGACCCCCAUAACGACAGCAGGAGUCGGCAAGCGGGAGACGAGCGCCAAGGGUCCCGAGGAGAAGGUGGCCGGCAAGCGGGAGGGACUGGGCGGCCUGACCCUGCGUGAGAAGACCUGGAGAGGGGGCUCCCCGGAGAUCAAGCGCUUCUCCGCGUCUGAGGCCAGUUUCCUGGAGGGGGAGGCCAGUCCCCCAUUGGGUGCGCGCCGGCGUUUCUCUGCGCUGCUGGAGCCCAGCCGCUUCAGCGCCCCCCAGGAGGACGAGGAUGAGGCCCGCCUGCGCAGGCCUCCUCGGCCCAGCUCCGACCCCCAGUACUCGCUGGAUGCUCGGGCCCACAAAGAGGCGGUUCAAGGGGAAGGUACCCCCAGCUCCGGGGACCCGGAGGCCACUGACCACCCACACCCAGGUGAUCUCUGUCCACCCAUGAAGGAUGGGGACCCAUCAGGACCUAGGGCCACCAAUGACCUAGUUCUGCGCCGUGCACGACACCAGCAGUUGUCAGGUGACCCCGUGGUAGAGAAAAGGCCUUCCCGUACUGGAGGCAAAGUCAUCAAGUCAGCCUCGGCCACUGCUUUGUCUGUCAUGAUUCCUGCAGUGGACCCACAUGGAAGUUCACCCCUUGCCAGCCCCAUGUCCCCACGAUCUCUCUCCUCCAACCCAUCUUCACGGGACUCAUCCCCCAGCCGGGACUAUUCACCAGCUGUCAGUGGGCUCCGCUCUCCCAUCACUAUCCAACGCUCAGGCAAGAAGUAUGGUUUCACACUACGAGCCAUCCGUGUCUACAUGGGUGACUCAGAUGUCUACAGUGUUCAUCACAUUGUCUGGCAUGUAGAGGAAGGGGGCCCAGCCCAAGAGGCAGGUCUCUGUGCUGGGGAUCUCAUCACCCAUGUGAAUGGGGAGGCUGUGCAUGGCAUGGUGCAUCCUGAGGUCGUGGAGCUGAUCCUUAAAAGUGGCAACAAGGUGGCAGUGACCACAACGCCCUUUGAAAAUACCUCUAUUCGCAUUGGCCCCGCAAGACGCAGCAGCUACAAGGCCAAAAUGGCUCGGAGAAACAAGCGGCCCUCUGCCAAGGAGGGCCAGGAGAGCAAGAAGCGCAGCUCCCUAUUCCGGAAAAUCACCAAGCAAUCGAACCUGCUGCACACUAGUCGCUCGCUGUCGUCGCUGAACCGCUCGCUGUCGUCCAGCGACAGUCUCCCAGGCUCGCCCACGCACGGGCUGCCAGCGCGCUCGCCCACGCACAGCUACCGCUCCACGCCUGACUCCGCCUACCUAGGCGCCUCAUCUCAGAGCAGCUCCCCAGCCUCGAGCACGCCCAACUCGCCGGCGUCGUCGGCGUCGCACCACAUCCGGCCCAGCACGCUGCACGGCCUGUCGCCAAAGCUCCACCGCCAGUACCGCUCCGCACGCUGCAAGUCCGCCGGCAACAUUCCGCUAUCGCCGCUGGCACACACGCCAUCCCCAACGCAGGCGUCGCCGCCGCCACUGCCGGGACACACGGUGGGCAGCUCCCACACAACGCAGAGCUUCCCGGCCAAACUGCACUCAUCGCCGCCCGUCGUUCGCCCGCGUCCUAAGAGUGCCGAGCCCCCGCGCUCGCCACUCCUCAAGCGUGUGCAGUCGGCAGAGAAACUGGGAGCCUCGUUGGGUGCGGACAAGAAGGGCGCACUGCGCAAACACAGCCUCGAGGUGGGCCACCCAGAUUUCCGCAAGGACUUUCAUGGCGAACUGGCGCUGCAUAGCCUUGCCGAGUCCGAUGGCGAGACGCCCCCUGUCGAGGGCCCUGGUGCGACCAGGCAGGUCGCUGUCCGCCGCCUGGGCCGCCAGGAGUCGCCCCUGAGCCUGGGUGGGGACCCACUGCUGCCCGAAGGAUCUCCCAGGCCGCCAGCAACAAGCAAGGAAAAGGAGUCCCCCGGGGGCGCCGAGGUUAGCACCCUGCCCCGCGCGGCGACCCCCGGGCCCCGGACCCUGGAGUGGGACGCCGGCUGCACUCGUCACCAGAGCGUGCAGACGGAGGAUGGCGCGGGUGGUGUGGCCAGGGCCGUGGGCAAGGCUGCACUGAGCCCCGUGCAGGAACACGAGACCGGCCGGCGCAGCAGCUCCGGUGAAGUGGGCACGCCCCCGGUACCCAUUGUUGUAGAGCCCGCGCGGCCCAGUGCGAAGGCUGAGGCACCCCAGCCUCCGGAUGCAGACUCCAAGGGGUUGCAGGAAUCCGCGCCCUUGGCACCUCUCAUGGCUGAGCUCCCUCGGGGCCGAGAGCGCUGGGUGCUGGAGGUGGUGGAGGAGCGGACCACUCUGAGUGGGCCUCGCUCCAAGCCCGCCUACCCCAAACUCUCCCCAGACACCCAGACCCCCUCCCUACCCUUGAUGAAAAGUGCACCCAGCAGCACAGCUACCCUAGUCCCACCAGCUUCCCUCCUGGUCCCUGGCAUCAAGCCUGAAGUGGGGCUGAACUCCCGCUGCCCUGUUGAAGCUGUGGCCCCAACUGGCCUCACCAAAAAAGGGGUAUCCAGCCCCGCACCCCCAGGCCCAUAGUUGAGGGCACCAUUGACCUUUCACUGUACAGCUGCCUAUAUACAUAUGUACACAUAUAAAUAAAGUAUGUCCUUGCUGUGUGAG